AUGGCAGAAAGGUCGGAGCUGGAGCACGACUUCCUGGACAAUGCGAAGAGUUUCAACUGGCCUGCGGUGAAGACCAUGUUGCAGGAGACCCCUGAUCUGAUUAACGUGCAACCGUCAAAUCGAUGGACAGCAUUGCAUCAGGCUGCCUACGAAGGCAACGCUGAAAUAGUGAAUUUCUUGCUCGAGAAGGGUGCCGACCCGGAUGCGCAAACCCGGUCGGGACAAACCCCCGCGGAAGUGGCCAAGGGCCAGGAGGUUCGACGAGCGAUCGAAGCAAAAGCGGGAGCCGAUGAGCCCGAUGAGCCCGAUGAGCCUCCCAAGAAGAAGGCCAAGAAGAUGCCGAAUUACAAUCUCAACAUCAAUUCCGCCGUGGACAAGGAGUAUGAGGGCAGCAGCUUGACGGACAUCGUUGCAGCACCGACUUCCGCCCUACAGGGUGUGGGGCCGAAAGGCCGGGAUGUUCUCAAGAAGUUCAAACUUCACACGAUUGGCGACCUGGCCAGCUGGAAGUUCUACCGGAUCUCCAAGUCCAUUCUCGGCCUCUCCACCCUGGAGCAGAAGGGCAAGCGGGAGGAAGGGGCUGCCUUGAACAUCAACAAGGCGAUGGACAAGAAGCACGAGUGCAAGUCCCUGGCCGAGAUCUUGGAGCUGCCACCUUCAGCGCUCCAGGGUUUGGCUGGCUGGGCAGAUCCCGAGCUGGCCAAGGUCGGAGUGACCACCAUUGCUAAGCUUGGCGAUUGGAAAUAUGCAAAGUGGUCAGAGUGGAUCUCCGAGCUCGCGAAGUUUGAGAACACGGACUUCUCCAGCUUGUAG